AUCACUCCACAAGUUUUGAAACAAAAGAAAAAAAAUAAAAAUUAUAUACACAAAGACUGGUGUAUACACAUUCACAUCUAUCUCUCUCUCUCUUUCGGCAAAUGAAACGUGUUUGAACAUUCUCCACGGUGGUUAUUUCUCAGAUUAGGGCGAAUUACGAUCACUUCACGCCGCCGUCAUGUACGUUGCCAAAAGAAUCUCCGACGUCGAUCGUCGUCUUCUCCUCCUCCUCAUAAUACCUUCUCUCUCCCUCCUCCUCUUAAUCUCUUUCUCUUCUCUCACCCUUGAUCCUUUCCCAACUCUUGCCCCUCUUCGUAACCUAAUCUACACUCGUACCCUAACCGUCACAACCGAAACCUCUGAUUUCACCGUCGAAUUAUCCGAUUCGAACCUUGAAGACGUAAACCAACGGCGGAGGAGGAAGAGGGAGGAGUUGGUGAAUUCUAAGAUCGCCGUGUGUUUGGUAGGAGGAGCAAGGCGGUUCGAGCUAACCGGACCAUCGAUUAUGGAGAAGAUCUUGAGGGUUUAUCCUAAUGCGGAAUUGUUUCUUAAUAGUCCUCUCGAUAAAAACUCGUUUAAACUUCGGUUCCUUAAGGACGCACCGAGGCUCGCUUGGGUUCGUAUCUUUGAGCCUAAGCCGAUUAAUGAGACUGAGCCGAUGGUUCGAGUCCUCACACCCAUGAAUUCGCCUAAUGGCAUUAAGGGCUUGUUACAGUACUUUAACCUCGUAGAAGGCUGUAUCACCAUGAUUAAGGCAUACCAAAACGAGAAUAACUUCACAUACGACUGGAUAGUCCGUACCCGUGUUGAUGGUUACUGGUCUGACCCGCUCGAACCAGAUUACUUCAUACCAGGUAAGUACCUAGUCCCACCUGGAUCCUCCUACGGUGGCCUCAAUGACCGCUUCGGUGUCGGCGAUCUCAACACCUCAACGGUAGCUCUCUCUCGCCUUUCCCUAAUUCCAGACCUCGACUCAGCCGGGUUAAUUCAUCUCAACUCCGAGUCCGCCUUCAAGGCUCAGCUCACAACUCACCGUGUCCCUUACGUCACUAGACCUCUCCCUUUCUGCAUCAUGACUGAUCGGACCUACGAUUUCCCUCCUUCUAACUACGGAGUUCCCGUGGUGGCACUUUCUAGCCGAGGACCGCUGAGUGGUGCCAAGUGUCGUCCUUGCACGGUGGCGUGCAACAGCUCAUGCGUGGCGGAAGUGAUGGGAAAACUGAACAGAGAGUGGAGCUGGACGGAGUGGGAAAACGAGACGGUGGAGCUGUGCGACGCACACGGGGAAUGGGAGAAAGGUUGGGAAAAGAUUUUCGACGAGACAGCCGGAGAAAAACUCGCACGUGCGAGGAAACGAGUCGGAGGUUUGGAUUCGAGGAGAUGUGUGGAAGAGUUUGAAAAUAUGAGAGGAGUGGCCGUUAAAUGGGAAGCGCCCGCCUCCGAACAGAUUUGCACGUUAGGCUUACGGCCCAACUAGAACAUAUCGGGCUUUAGGCCCAACUUAAUUCACUAACAAAAAUUUUCCUUUCUUUUCUAAUGUUUUUCAUUUUUUGUUUGGUUUGAGAAAUAGUAUUUCAACAAUAAAAUGAAAAACAAAGCAAACUAUGGAAGUGGAAUUCAAUUAGCGUACAUUGAUAUUUGAGCUGAACCAAAAUCUUCCUUUUCUGUA